GGUACGUUGCCCGCGCACGUACACGUACACUCCACGCUGAUCGAUCGGAGGCGGAGCCGCCACCGGAUCGACACGAUGAGCGCGUCGCCGACCCAGCUGAAGCGGCUCAAGCCGCUGUACCAGCACGUGGUGAACAACUUCCUCGUCGUGGUGGCCGCGCCGCUGGCGGUGGCGGCGCUGGCCAACGUGGCGCGGGCGGGGCCCGAGGAGGUGGCCGCGAGGGCGCGGGCGCUGCGGCCGGCGCACGUGUUCCUGGCGGCGUUCGUGCCGGCGGCGGCCGCGACGCUGUACCUGAUGCUGCGGCCGCGGCCGGUGUACCUCGUCGACUACGCGUGCUUCCGCACCAAGCCCCACUGCCGCGUCCCGUUCGCCACGUUCCUCGAGCACGCCAAGCUGGUGACGUACGUCGAGGGCGCGUCGAUCGACGAGCGCAGCGUGCGGUUCAUGACGCGGCUGCUCGAGCGGUCGGGGCUCGGGGAGGAGACGUGCCUGCCGCCGGCGCACCACUUCAUCCCGCCGUACCGGAACCUGGAGGCCUCGCGCGCGGAGGUGGAGGUCGUCGUCUUCAACGCCAUCGACGACCUGCUCGCCAAGACGGGGAUCAGCGCCUCCGCGAUCGACAUCCUCAUCGUCAACUGCAGCCUCUUCGCGCCCGUCCCGUCCUUCACCGACAUGAUCAUCAACAGGUACAAGAUGCGCGCCGACGUCCGCAACGUGCACCUCUCCGGGAUGGGGUGCAGCGCCGGCCUCAUCUCCGUCGGGCUCGCGCGCAACUUCCUGCAGGUCGCGCCGCGCGGCGCGCACGCGCUGGUCGUGUCGACGGAGACCAUCACGCCCAACUACUACGUCGGCAAGGAGCGCGCGAUGCUCCUCCCCAACUGCCUCUUCCGCAUGGGCGGCGCCGCCGUGCUGCUGUCCACCUCGCGCGCCAAGGCCCGCUUCCGCCUCUCCCGCGUCGUGCGGACGCUGACCGGCGCCCAGGACAGCGCGUACCGGUGCGUGUUCCAGGAGGAGGACGGCGAGGGCCACCGCGGCAUCAACCUCUCCAAGGACCUCAUGACCAUCGCCGGCGACUCGCUCAAGGCCAACAUCACCGCCAUCGGGCCGCUCGUCCUUCCGGCGUCGGAGCAGCUCCUGUUCGCGCUGUCCUUCAUCGCGCGGCGGGUGCUGAACCGGCGGGUGAAGCCGUACCUCCCGGACUUCCGCAUGGCGUUCGAGCACUUCUGCAUCCACGCCGGCGGCCGCGCGGUGAUCGACGAGCUGCAGCGCAGCCUCGGCCUGUCGGACGAGCACGUGGAGGCGUCGCGGAUGGCGCUGCACCGGUUCGGCAACACGUCGAGCAGCUCGCUGUGGUACGAGCUGGCCUACAUCGAGGCCAAGGGCCGCAUGCGCCCCGGCGACCGCGUAUGGAUGAUCGGCUUCGGCUCCGGCUUCAAGUGCAACAGCGCCGCGUGGGAGUGCAUCUCGCCGGCGCGCAACGCCGACGGGCCAUGGGCCGACAGCAUCUGCCGCUACCCCGUCGACAUCCCGGAGGUGCUCAAGCACUAGCCACCGCCGUAGCUCCCCCCCUCGCCCACCACGGCGAGGCCGGACCGACACCGCCGCGACGUGACAGUGUGUGUGUGUGUGCGCGGUGGCCGGCACGGCCGGCCGUGCCGCAGCGCGUGGCGUGGCGUCGCCGGAGACAGCGUCCGACCGACCGGGAGGUGUGCGGCCUGGCCGCGUUAAAUGCGGAGACUGACGCGUGCAUGUGCUCGCGUACGAGCGGUUAAAUCCCAUCCAAUUUAUACACGUACGUAUAGCCGUGGUCCUCUCUCUCUCUCUCUCUUUUGUUCAGUGUAAUAACCUUUUGCUGUCCUCUUCUUCAUUGUCUCUCUCUUUCCCUUUUGAGAUCUGGCUAUCGAUCGAUCUCUCACUCACCACUUAUCUCUCUCGCAAUUGAUUUUUUUUUUAAAAAAAAAAGAAGAAGAGAAAUGUACUGCAGGUUUGGUCAAUUUAUCAAUCAAUAUGUACCAGCUGAAAUAAAAACGAUAUUUAUAUCAAUGCAA